AUGCGAUUACUUGAAGGAUGGUAUAGAAACUUAGACCAUAGUCCAAACUUGGUUAUCGUUCUACAAGACUUUGAAUCGUUUGAACCCAGUGUGCUACAGGACUUCUUUUCUAUUUGCAGCGAGUAUCGACAACGCAUCCCUAUCAUAUGCAUUGUAGGUAUUGCAACAUCAAGCGAAAUUUUACAUCAAUCCCUUACAAAGGCGACCAUUGGCUUAUUGCGCAUUGAGAAAUUCAAGCUAGAAUUGAGUGAAGUGUGGUUUAAACGAUUAUUUCUCAAUUCAACAGGUACUUUGAAAUUUGGUGCUCGUCCAUUCAAGUUCCUAUUAGACCGCUUCUACUUGUAUGACUUUUCUAUCAGUAAAGUAACUGCAAGUUUAAAGUAUGCGCUUAUGCAUCAUUUCUAUGGCAAUCCACUCUCUGUCUUCUUACCGCUUUUUGAACAAGACUCACAAGAUACAAAAGAGACCAUUCAAGACUGGCUGGACAGAGAUAUGCUUAGCGAACACCAUGUUACACACAUUCGUAUGCUUAGCUCGUUUAGGAAUUAUAUUGAAUCACUUGUAGACACACAACCUAAAAAGGCACUUUGUCUCUUGGAAGAUGACCAUGUUUUGCUGACUGAGACACUUCCUGUACUUUUACAUGACAUCAAAACGUAUCAACAGGAAUUUAGAUUAGGGUUUAACCUUGUUGUAUUACUCCAAGCACAGUUCCCACGCUUUAGUAGCCUCCGCAAGUCAAGACAUUUGCUUUUACUAGAAUCCCUUGAAGCAAACACGCAAGAAAUACCAAAAAUGAUUGCUCUCUUGACCAAUCUAGUACGAAAAAUGGAUGAGACGCACACAAAUGAAUUGUUGGUUGAAUUAAGAAAACUCGUCAAUCAACACGAUUAUCAAAACAUCAAUCAAAUUGCUUUGGAACAACUCUCAGUAUGGGAGGCGCGUUACCAAAAUUUACGAUUAGAGGGUAUGGUACUCCCUGAAGAUGAUGGGGGAGGAAGACAUACAGAAACUGCCAAAAAGGUUCAAACACAGUCUAUUGAGCACUUAAAAAGAAAGGGCACAGAAGCAUCUAAGAUCGCAAUGAGUAUUGCAGAUUGGCUUGAUAAGACACUCAGCCAUUACUUAAGACCAUAUACUACAGUGCCUUUAUUUGAGCUUGUAUAUUAUACAAAUGUAGUAUUACAUGAAAAGUCAUUUGCACCUCAACCUAGAGCUUCCGUUCAAACAGCCUUGACACAACCACAACAUUAUAUCAACUGCAGUUGUUGUAACACUGAAAAGACCGAUCAGAUUUUACCCUCAGAAGAUGAUGCCUGUAUUCUCUACAAGCUUUACCUUGAAUGUGGGCGCAUGAUCAAUUUAUACGAUUGGUAUAUUGCCUUUGAAUCCUUUGUUGAGCGAGAAAGUCGUCCCUCUAAGAAGACAAUGAUAAAAAACGAAGUUCAAGCGCGGUUUAUUCGCUCAGUUGCUGAGCUUCAGUUUUUGGGUUUUAUUAAACCAACGCAAAGAAAGACAGAUCAUGUUCUCCGAUUGACGUGGUCAAACAUUUAA